AUGCUCUUCUGUAUAGAUGUGGUCACAUCCGAUACAUCCUCGCUGCGCAAUCGUGGAUUGGCGUUCGCCUUUACCUCCUCUCCUUACAUCAUCACGGCUUUUGGUGGCCAUGCUGCUGCUGACACAAUUCAUGAUAAAAACUGGCGCUGGGGAUACGGUGCAUGGGCGAUCAUUCUUCCUUUUGUUGCUAUUCCUAUGGUUGUCAUGAUGCAACUGGGUAAGCGGAAGGCAAAGAAAAACGAACUUGUGUUGAGAAAGCCAAGGGGCCGUACUUCGAGUCAAAGUCCUUGGCAUUACUUGGUUGAGUUUGACACGACCGACUAUAUCAUCGCGAUGCUUGUCGUUGGCUUUACCCUCUUGAUUGUCUUCGGAUUCUGGGAGAGAUUCGGUGCCCGCAAGCCCUUUGCUCCUUGGCUUCUACUCAAAAACCGAACGAUUGUUGCCUACUACUGCUGGAACUACAACUUCACGUCUUAUCUGCAGGUUGUCUAUAAUACCUCGGUGGCUUCUGCUCGUUACAUCUCCAGUAUCUUCAACAUUACCUCCGGUAUUGAGCUGUUUGUCGUGGGAGCCCUCAUCAGCUACACUGGCCGUUUCAAAUGGGUGCUGAUGUGGGGUGUUCCGCUGUAUAUGCUCGGUGUUGGAUUGAUGAUCUAUUUCCGCAGCCCGGGGCACAGCUUGGGUUACAUCAUCAUGUGCCAGAUCUUCAUUGCCCUCGGCGGUGGAGUUAUGACCAUUGGUCAACAGAUUGCUCUGCUGGCGGCUUCUGAUCAUAAUGAUGUUGCCGCUCUUUUGGCUUUACUGGGUCUGUUCGGAUACAUUGGGGCCUCUGUCAGAGGCAGUAUCUCCGGCGCUAUCUGGACCAAUACUUUGCCUGGCAUGCUCCAGUCUAUGCUUACACUGAGCUACCCCAUGGGCUCUGAGACACGGACUACCAUUAUGUACGCCUAUGCUGCAACACAGAAAAGCAUGCUUAUUGCCGGUACUGCUAUCAUGACUUUGGCUCUAUUCUUCAUGAUGAUAAUCAAAGAUAUCAAUAUCAAGAGUAUCAAGCAGACCAAAGGGACGAUAUUCUGA